CCCCACUGUAUCAGCUCCUCGUGGGCCGCUUGCGUGCCUGCCUGCCGCCUUUCAUUGCAGCGCAAACCUCAAAAAUUCGGCAGCGUUCACAGUUCGGUGAAAUAAAAGAAAAAGAAAGAGAAAAAUUUUGUAUUUGUAAAAAGCGUUGUUUUUGUAAUUAAAAAAAAAACGUGCCGAGUUCGUCAGUGGUCACAUACAUAUAUACCAAGUGCUAAGAGAGAAAAGAGGAAAACCGAUUGCGCCGAAUUAUCGAUAAGGAUAGAACAUAUUCGCCUCGAAAGUUGAAGUCCAAGACGGAGCACGCGCACUAGUUCGCGGAGCGAUCAUCACUGUGAAACAUUACCUUACCCGUGCUGCGAAACAUAACCUUUUAUCGAUCGAGGCGCGCGCGUGUUUUUGCGCGAGAACACGAGCCCGACGAGAGUUGCUGGUUGGUGCAGGGUUGAGCGUUGGUGGUGUUGAAGACGACGACGACGACGCACCGCGGAUUGGAACAAGCGUUGAACGCAUUGUUGAAUCGCGAAAAAGAAAAGGAACCGGAGGCAUCGGCCAAUCAAACUUAAUAACAAUGCCGAUGGACCAGCAGAUGGCUAACGCCGAAUCACUGGCUGAAAUGACUGACGUCGUUGAAGUUCUAAAAUUGUGGGAGGCCGAACAGAAUCAGACAAAUUAUGAUCCUACACCCACAUUGCAGCGACUGGCAGAAAUCAUCGAGGUCGAAACAGAGAACUACUACAAAAUGGAUCCAGAUCCCUUCGAUGAAAGGCACCCGUCCAGAACUGAUCCAGACUGUAACUUUGGUCACAUUCUCAAAGUUCUGUUUAGGAAAGAAAGUUUCAUGACAAAACUCAUAAACGACUACUUACGAGACAACUAUUGGAUCAGAAAUGGCAUAGGAAACAAAGAUGUUAGACAUUUAAAUACAGCGGCCUGUCGCCUCAUGCUUGACAUUUUACCUGGUCUAGAAACAUCAGCAGUUUUUCAGCCAGAUAUGGAAGGUCUUAUCCUCAGAAUGUUCUCUUGGGCUGAAAAAAGUUCAGAACCACUGCAGAGUUACGCAACUGGAUUGCUGGCGGCUGCAAUGGAAGUUCAAGAUAUUGCAACUGGUUUCCGUGAGCAAAAUGGUAAAAUGGUUCCAUUGAUGCUGAAACGUCUACAUAAACUACAAAAGCAGGCAGCAGACGAAAGGCAGGCAAAUGUUGCCAAUCGACCUUUUGCACAUCUUGGUCAAAACAGUUCAGCAGAUUCUGAGCAUAAAACUCUUUCUAGUAAAAGAAAAAUCAGGGACAAAGUCAACAGUAAAAAAAAGAGUCCAACAGAAUUGGCUGGUUAUUCAUCUGAAGAAGAAGAGAAUGCUGAAUGUGAAUCAGGUGACAACUCCUCCCAUCCAGUUAGAAAAAAAUUCAAAAAUAGUGAAGAAGACAAAGAAUCUUGCGAAAUGAUGUCACCACCAUUGGCUAUUCCUCCUCUUCAUAAAUUUAAUAGCACACCGAAUAAAGUACAGUUAUCUUCACCUGCGCUAACUUCAUCUGUGCCUACGUCACCUGCCAAAAAUCAAAAUGCAGAAACAAAAAGUCCAGCAUCAACUCCAACAAAAUGUCAAUUAUCGACCCCUAAAUCGGAAAAAAAUGGUUCUUUUAGAUACAAUUAUUCAUCUUUAUUGAAUAACAAAAGUACUGGCACCCCGUGUUCUUCUCUUGAAUGCAACUCCAACUCGUCAUGGGCUGAAAUGGAAUCAUACGUCAUUGGCAGUAUUCAAGUUUAUCCGGCCUCUUUGGCAACAAUGCAAAUGCUCAUCCUCAGAUACCUCACACCCAUGGGAGAGUAUCAAGAAUUUCUUGGACAUGUUUUCGAGCAAAACGCCCUCGAGCUCAUCAUCAAAUACAUAAACGUUCGAGAAACCAAAGACAGUCGUUUAGCGUUCGAGGCACUGAAAUAUUUAGCCUCCUUGCUUUGUCACAAGAAAUUCUCCAUUGAAUUUCUCAGUAUUGGAGGUCUGCAAUGUUUACUUGACGUUCCUCGUCCUAGCGUGGCUGCAACAGGAGUGUCCAUCUGUCUGUACUAUCUCGCCUACUGCGAAGACGCGAUGGAGAAAGUCUGUCUGUUACCGAAGCAAGUGAUAAAGGAAUUGGUUACUUAUGCGUUGUGGCUCUUGGAAAGGAGUCACGACUCGGGCAGGUGUCACGCUACCAUGUUCUUCGGCUUUUCUUUUCCCUUCAAAAAAAUUCUCGAUGAAUUCGAUAACCAAGAUGGUCUGAGAAAACUUUACAAUGUGAUAUCAACGUUACCAUUAUUGAACGUCGAAGAUGAGCAGCCUUUGAACGACGACGAGGAAUGCGCCUCGCGACAGAUUGUUCGACACGUAGCCGUGGCUCUGAAAAAGUACAUGGAAUCGCACCUGUACUGGAAAGCAGAAACACUUCAGCGGGCUGAAAACAUGAGGAUCGAUCGCGAGAACACGCAAUCCACGUUUUCGACCUGCAAGCCGUGCAAGCUGAGCGCCGAGGGGGUGCAGGCCAAGGUGGAACUUUUGCAGGAACUCAUGCCGCUGAGAGCCCAAUGGCCGCCGGUCGAUCAGCUCUAUCGCUUGGGCGGUAUUCAGCUGCUGCUGCAGAUCAUCGCCUUCGCGCGAGAAUGGCACUUCUCCAGUCGAGUGCACACGACGUCGAGCGCGGAAACGGUUCGCGCCUGUUUGGACGUCAUAGCCAUUUGCACGGUCAUGCCGAAAGCCAUGCUAAUGCUGUGCGAUCGCAUCGAGGUGCCCGAUCUGUCGAACGCGAUGUCGAUCAAUCUGAUACUGGCCGCCGCCGAGUCGGAGAUCGUCGUCGAUCCCGACGUGCAGCGCGCUGCGCUGCGCGUCGUCAUCAAUUGCGUGUGCGCCCCGGUGAAUCGCAUCGGAGGUAACGUCGCGCGAUUCUCGGUCGGCGGCUCGACCAAGAAAAAGACCACGACCCACAGUAGCGAGGAGCUCAUUCAAUUGAUUUGGGAAAGCUUCAGGUCGAACAACGGCAUAAUGGUGCUGCUGCAGUUGAUGAUGGUGAAGACGCCCAUCACCGACGCCGACAGCAUUCGCGCGCUGGCCUGUCGCGCCCUGGCCGGUCUGGCGCGCAGCGAGACCGUCAGGCAGAUCAUCAGCAAGCUGCCGAUGUUCACCGACGGGACGAUUCAGCAGCUGAUGAAGGAGUCGAUACUGCCCGAGAAGCGCCAGGAGCACGUCAUGUUUCAGAAAUACGCCAUGGAGCUGAUGGAGAGGGUGUCGGGCAAGGCCAAGCCGACCGGCGCGGAGUACGAGAUAUCUCUGCACAAUUUGCACAGAUUAAAUGUAGUAGCUCAGACCGAUAUUCGAUACGACGAACAGCAAGUGAUACAACUUAUAAAUCAAUACCUGAUGUCGAAAGGUUUUUACAAAACGGCAAGUAUGCUCCAAAAAGAAGAAGAAGAAUUGUUUAAAAGUCAGAGCUAUACUCCGUUCACUUACAGAAGUACUCCUUUAACAACGAGCCCAAGACCGGCCAUCUCGCCAGCACUAACUUUGUACACAGGAUCCAGAACAGCUCAACGUGACUCGACUUCUCGCUUAUCAACGACGCCUACCUCGAACAACAGAUUUAUUGCGCACACACCUGGUUCAGCUCCAAAUGCAACUCCCUGCCACAGCAACAAUAUCAGGCUCAAACUAGUCGACUCUUUGACUCAGAGUCCAGCGAGUAAUGGGCAGCCGAUUAAAUUACAAAUAACGCAAAAGAAAAACACUGAUAAGAUCUCAACGCCUGUGUGUCCGCCGCCGACAUCCGCUAAUAAUUCACAGUCAGCUUGUAGAUUACAAAAACCAAUAUCUCGAGAUCCAGGCAGUACUGCACUUACCAUAGCAUCGUCGAAACCAAACGUGACACUGGACAUUAUAAUCACGGAAUAUCUAACGAAUCAACACGCUCUUUGUAAAAAUCCCAUGGUUACGGUUCCACAGUUUAAUCUAUUCGAACCACACAAGUGCCCAGACCCGUGCAAAAAAAAUUCUACACCACAAAAUGUCACCGUCAGAUUAGCGAGAAGACAGCAAGGAUUCGACGGUAUGCGACUCGAUAGAAAAUACAUUUACAGUAGAUUCUGUCCCGUUAAAACGUUCCGGCCUGCCGAAACCGAUGGCUCGUUUACCUGUUGUACAUUUUCUCAAUGUCAAGAAUAUCUACUCCUAGGUACAUAUGCUGGCGAAGUAAAGAUGUUCAACGUUCGCAGUGGCGCAGAAGAAGCCUCUUACUCUUGUCACGAAUCGUAUGUAUCCGAAUUAGAGACCAAUAGACGAGGUGAUCUUUUGUUAACCAGCACAGGAUGGGGAAGCACGAUGUCUGCAUUAUGGAGUCUUGGUACUUUCUUUGAAAUGAAAAUUGCCUUAGAACAAGAGGAACACGUUGAAUUUAGCAAAUUCCAAGAUAAAAUUGUAGGCACACAAACAGAGGCAGCUACGAUAUAUGACUUGGCCACGGGGACAUUAAUAAAAACUCUCAAACCUUCGAUAUCGAAUAAUUACUCGCGAAAUCGAGCCACUUUCAGUAUGAACGACGAGCUCAUAUUAUCCGACGGAAUACUCUGGGAUGUGAAUUCGGGCAAAGAAAUUCACAAAUUCGAUAAACUCAAUGAGUCGCUCAACGGUAUCUUCCAUCCAAAUGGACUGGAAGUUGUUUCGAAUACCGAAGUUUGGGACUUGAGGACGUAUCAACUGUUGAAAACCGUGCCAGCACUCGAUCAGAUGGACAUCAAAUUUUCGCCCGUAAACAGUAUCCUAUACGCCAUAUCGUUAGAUUUAGAGCACGACAGUGAUCAGCAUCUGGUCACGUCUUUUAAAACCGUCGACGCGCUAGACUACAGCAACAUCGCAACUUUUGAUGUGAAGCGCGGUAUUUAUGAUUUGGCUUGCAACAAGUUCGAUUCACAAAUAGCCGUCGUUGAAAAUAUGGGAGGAGAUGUCGAACGUAUCCAAGAGUCCGUUGUGCGUUUGUACGACGUUGGCAGAAAACGAGACGACGAGGACGAGGGCGAAGAGGACGAAGACGAGGAUGAUCUUGACGCCAGCGACGAUGACGACUCAAAUAUAGCAUCAGAUAAUCCUGACGAUGGGGACAAUAACGGACUCCAAGACGAUGACAAUGGCGAUGGCAACGAGCGCGGCGAUGACGACGAUAGCGACAACAACAGCGAUGGCGACGGCUCAAGCGGUGCAUCCGAUUUUGAACGCGUGUUCGAGGCACUUGAGUCCGAUUUUGAUUCGGAUAAUGACGGAUCAUACGAGUUUUUUUAUCCAUAAUAAACGUGCCGUGUGUCAGGAUACUACUAUGUUACGCUCUGCAAUGUCGUGCGUAAAGUAAAAAGAGAUGAUUUAAUGUUUUUUUUUUGGUGCGGCGCUGAUGCGUCGUGCAACAACUGUUUUCGCUUCACUCAGUGAGAAAAUACAAAUAAUUGAUGCAAAAGUGUGCGAAGUAAAAAUGAAAGUAAGAGAGGGUGAAAGAAAAACGUCGCGCGGGUUUCGCGCUGUUUAUCCCUGAGAGUAAAUGUGUCGAAGUUGUCUUGAAUGAUAAGAGUUUUCUAUUUUCCAUACAUUUAAUAUUAAAAAUAAGUAUAGUAUCAUUGAAUUUAAAGUGCAUAAAGUAAUAAGAAAAAAAAAUAAUAAUGCAUGAAUGCGUCAGAGUGCAUGUGUGUUGUUGUGUGUUGUAAUAAAUAAUGAAGCGCGCGUGUGAAAUGGAAAAAAUUUUUGACUUUUGAAAUUUUGCGAACAGAGAAAAUCAGUUUGAAAUAAUUUUGAAAGUUAACGUUGCAAUCAUCGUUACUCAUAUUAAUUGUAAUAAUAUGGACGGCAAGCGUUUGCCGAUUUUGAAUGUGAAAAAAAAAACAAAAAAUUGUAUAAUUAUAGUUGUAUAAUAUUGCUGUGUUUAUUUCGUCGUAAAAAAACACGAUGAUAACACGAAAAAAAAAUGAUAAAAAAGAAAGGAGUUUAUAUCUAUCAGUGUUGAAGAUGAUGAAAAAAGAGCAUGAAGAAUCUAAACAAAGUCUUAUUAUUUGAUUAAAAGAAAAAAAAAUAAAUGAAUGUUGCCACAAGACUU